UGAGGAAUUAAGUGAUUCGGUAGCUUCAGUUGGCAUCAUCUGUUCAGAGUGUGAAGUACAAGUUAAGCAAAUAGCAGCAGCUCUGAGAGAAGACAAUGUCUGCCCCAAGAACUGUAACUAUUUUGACGUUGCUGGCAGUGAUAAGCCUCCAGGAGCUGCUGCUCUUUGCUGCUCCCGCCUUAGAGAAUGCAGCCUUUACCACUCAGGAUUUAUUGGCUGAUGAAUCAGCACCAGCAAUGACGGCACAAGUGGAGGAGUUAGCUUCACUAAGCCGACAUCGCCGUUAUGAUGUGGAGGAUUGGAAUGGAGGAGUUCACUACGGCAGGCACAGAGGUCAUUGGGGACAUAAUCACGGACAUGGACAUAGAUUUGCUCGGGGUCAUGGACACGGGCAUGAACGUGGUCAUGGUCAUGGAUUUGGUCAUGAAUUUGGUCAUGGAUUUGGUCAUGAAUUUGGUCAUGGAUUUGGUCACGGAUUUGGUCAUGGACGUGGCCAUGGAUUUGGACGUGACCAUGGCUUUGGUCAUGGGCAAGGUCGACCUCAUCGUGGCUUUUCCUUAGAUCCUUUUCCGGAUAACUCCAAUGAAUCCGACAGUCAGAGCUCGGAAGAAGCAGCCGAUGUGCCCAACAACAACUUAAGCAGCUCAACGACAGUAAAAACAACAACAACAACAACGUCAGCGCCUUCAACAACAACAACAACAACCACAGCCAGAAUCACAACCAUUAGCACAACAGAGGAUCCCACUCUGGGCAUUGAUAUUCGCAUAGGCUGAUUAGUUCUAAGCCUCAACUUAAUGUUUAUAAACUGCAUUAAAAUCGUUAACUUAACUUAACUUAA